AUGACACUGCUCCCCAGAUGCCACCAUAUGCGCUGCUUCACUGGUCCCCCAGUCGCCGGCGCUAAACCCGCCCAUCGACCGGUUCACGGGGGCGCUCCGCCUCUGUUUCUGCCUCUUGCAGCCCCGCCUCCCCGACUCAGCCAAUCACUGCCGCACAUGGGUCCAGCCGGUGGACGGCACCGAUUCGACGACGGAGCAGAGAUGCGAACGGCAUCCCAACCUUUUUCAGCAGCGCAAACCCUCAAAAAAGGUGUAUUCCAAUCAUGGUUCAACGACAGAGUGCGGACAGGGUGA